AGUCCGCGAGUCGGCAGCUGGGCUGUCCCUCAAGCCGAAGCGCCGCCAUAACGGAGCGGCCCUGGCCAGAGCGGAGCCCGGGCGCGACUUCAUCCCGGGACCCUGGAGGGUACUGAGGAGCUGCGAUUCUCCACCCUGGAAUCUGCCUGGGGCGCACUUCCCGGAUCGCCGGAGAGAAGGGGGUGACGGAGCUUGUAAAUGCCCAGUUGGGCUGCCGGUGGAAGAAGCGGCGGGAAGAUCGCUGGCAGGGCACGGCCCUCGUGAGUCGCCCUCCCUGCGUGUGUACAUCUCUCCUUCCUGAUUAUAAAACCCACACACGUGCACAUGAAAGUUCUCCAAAGGAUCAAGAAGGAAAAAAUCACGUGGACUACUCCUCCACUUUCACUUGUCAUAAGCAUUUCUCAUGUCAUUAAAAAUCCUUCCUAAAUGUUUUUGUUCCUUUUUUUUUUCUUCAUGAUGAAGGUCAAACAUGAUCAAAAUACCAUUUGGGGGAGAUUAAGAGAAGUAUUAAGAAUGUAGCAUUUGGCUGGCCGCCUUUGGGGCUCUCCCGGCGUCCCUUUUUGGGACCCUCAUAUGUCAUUUGCAUCCCACUUUACCCUGUACCUCAUACCAUCUGUCACGUCUGCCCGCCUUGAGCAUGUUAUGUUAUCGUGCAUUUUACAGUCAUAAGUUCUCCACGAUGUGAUGGGAGGGUAGUUGAUCUCGCCAGGCUUGACUGUUGGGCACUUCUGUUGUGAUUCUUGGUGCCUAAAUCUUUGUCCCAAUUUCAGAUAGAUUGCACAGCACGCGAACUUCCAGAAUGGUCUUGAUAUACAAGCUGCCAUGGUGCUUUCCAGAAAGGUCGUGCCAGUUUGUACUUUCACUAUUGGAUCAGCACAGGGUACAAGUGUUUAAAAAAAAAAAAGAAAGAAAAAAAUCUCAUUUUUAUUUUUACAACUUUAACGUUCUCUUCAGUUGGAUGUUCACUAUAGAAAGCUUGGAAAAUGCACAAAAUGCUAUUUUUUCACUGCCCUUCCCACUUUCCCUCUGUUUUUAGUCUCUUUCCCCCCUUGUCCUCACCGCCGCCUCCUCAGCAUUAAGUUAGUGAGAAAGACAGCAUAGGCAGGGCAGGAAGCUUCUGUUGUGCUAUUAUGUAGCAUAUUUGGCUGUUUCCAUUUAAAGGGAAUUGAAAGUCCAGUUCCUUAUUUCUGGUGCUUAGGAGCCACAUAUUAGCUGGCAGGUACCAGGCUGGAUGGCACAGGAGGAGAGCAUUUCCAACCCCGCAGGGAGUUGUGCUGGGCAGUUCUGGCUACUCCACCAGAGCAGGAAUCCUGUUCCCCUCGAAGCUCAGCAAACCGUGUGAAUGACGAAAUGAGUGAAGGAGGCAGACGUAUGCUAAGUAAGGAAAUGGGAUAUGUUCAUGACGAGGUAAGAGUCAUGAAGACAGCACACUAAAGACCAGGAGAUGAGGAUGAUGGCCUGUGCCAGAGCAUGGUGACAUGCUGCUGUGGUGACAGCUGGGCUGGGAUCAACAUCAGAGAGGAGUGUGGGUAGGAACAGUGCAUACAAAGAUCCUGGGGUGACCAGUGCCUUGUCUUCAACCCAGUGUAACCCAUGAGUGUCAUAUGGAAGGAGAUUAGGUCAGAAUGAGAUGGGGAGGGCUCAGAUCAGUUCCUUGGGAACUAGAGGUCUGGCAAGGAGAUGGGGAGUGAGGGGAGUGCUGAGCAAGGUGGUGGUCACCAUCUGAUGUGGCCACUUUGCGCCUGCCCCUCUCUGCAGGCCCCUGACUGCUGACUGCAUCCACCUGCUGCCACCUGGGUUUGUCUGGAGCUGCUGGGACGGUCCUGGGAUCCAGCCUGCUUGCCCUCUGAGGCCGGAGAGAUGCUUCCGUUGCCCAAAGCCCUCGCCUCCCCCAGGAAUACCCAGAUCCCGGCCCCGGGGCAGCAGGAUGGGGCUCCUGAGCCACCCAUCCCUGGGGAUACUGAGGCCUGCCGCCUGCGUUUCCGACAGUUCCAGUACCGUGUGGCAGGCGGGCCACACCAUGCACUGGGCCAUCUCUGGAUGCUGUUGCGCCAGUGGCUGCGGCCUGAGGCACACUCGAAGGAGCAGAUCAUGGAGCUGCUGGUGCUGGAGCAGUUCCUGGGAGCGCUGCCCAGCAAGAUGAGGACCUGGGUGCAGUCUCAGGGCCCCCGCACCUGCAAGGAGGCCGCUACCCUGGUGGAGGACCUCAUAGAGAUGUCGCAGCAGGAAGUUCUGGUAUCUCUCACCGAACACCAGGACAAGAGCAACAGGGAGGAGGAAGAUGGGAUGAGUCCGAAGUCCUGGAAAGACCCAUCCCAGGUGAGCCCAGGGCCCUGGCUCCAUGCUCCUACAUUCCUGGGGCACCUUGUGCACAGUGCUGUGACAGGCACCAGCCAGCUGCUGGGGUCCCUGUCCUCGUGUAUAAUCCACAGCCACAUGCUGGGCAAACAGAAAGAUUUCUGGGACUGCCACCCCAAGUGCUGCCACAUGGGAGCUUGGGCAUCGGAGCUGGGGCUCCCCCAGGAGGGCGAGUGGCUGCAGCCUUCCCAGCCCCAGCGGAGUCCCCACGCCAGGGCGGGGGCCGAGGCAUCCUGCACCCUGGGCUCACUCGGGCUUCAGCCUCCUAGCAUGCAGACAGACAGACCGAAAAUGCUGCAGCAGGAGGUCCCCUCAGCCGCCCACCCAGGCCCAGGCUGCUCGCCUCUGAAGCCUAGUAUCUGGGAUGAACCUCCCUGCUGGCCGGCUGGGGACGGAGCCCUGAGGAACAGACACUCCCUCCCCAAGCAGACCCAGGACGCUGCCCAGGCAGAAGGGAGUGCCUGGAAGGCAGAGGCCGCCCCCAGGGACACAGUGCUUCAGGGCACUGGAGGCCUAGGGCCUGCUCCCGAGGGGCCCCCACAGCCGAGCCCUCAGCCUGGCCGGGUUGCAGACCCCACCCUCCCCAGUGCUCAGAGUGGCAGUCCCCAAAAGGGUCUUGGGGACAGCGAUGCCAGCAGCACCCACCUGCCCUUACUCAAAGACCCAAAAGCCUCCCCUGAAGAGGCGGGGCAACCGCUGGCUGCUGCCCCCUCCUCGGGGAGCUCAGCGGUGCCCCAAGUUCCCCCAGGGGCGCGGCCCUUCACAUGUGCCGAGUGCGGGGAGGUUUUCAUCUGGGUCACCCACUUCAUUGAGCACCAGAAACGCCACCUGGAUGAGGGGCCCUUCUCGUGCCCCGACUGCGGCAAGGCCUUUCUGCACGCCUCGGUGCUGGAGGAGCAUCGGAAGAUCCAUCUGCUGCAGCCGCCGCGCAAGAGGCCCCGGCGGGCCAGGGGCGAGGGGCCCGGGGAGGCCCGCCGGUUGGAGGCAGCAGGCCGAGGCCCCCGCGCCCGAAACGCGAAUGGAGGCCGGCGCCGGGAGUCCUCCAGCCGCGAGCGGCCCUUCGAGUGCGGCGUCUGCGGGAAGGCCUUCCCCUGGAUGGUCCACCUCCUCGACCACCAGAAACUGCACGCCACGCAGUGA